AUGGGUCGCGUUCGAACCAAGACCGUCAAGAAGUCCGCCAAGGUCAUCAUUGAGCGGUACUAUCCUAAGCUUGGAUUGGAUUUCGAGGUGAACAAGAGGAUCUGCGAUGAGGUUGCGAUCAUCAGCAGUAAGAGGCUGAGGAACAAGAUUGCGGGGUACACGACGCAUCUGAUGAAGCGCAUCCAGCGGGGCCCGGUCCGCGGCAUCUCCUUCAAGCUCCAGGAAGAGGAGCGUGAGCGCAAGGAUCAAUACGUCCCCGAGGUCUCCGCCCUCGACUUCUCUCAGCAGAACGAAUCCGGCUCGCUCGAAGUCGAUCAGGAGACUAAGGACAUGCUGAAGAGCUUGGGUUUCGACUCUGUCCCCGUCAAUGUCGUCCCCGUCUCCGCUCAGCAGGUUGUUGAGCGCCCCCGCUUCGGUAACCGCCGCCCUGGCCAGUAA